UAUAUGAGCCUUUGUGAAGUCAAUUAUUUUGCAUUCGGCUACGUACGAAUGGAUUCUCGACUACGUGAAGGAGCUGGGCAAGGCAUCCUGGGACAAUGUUGUGUAUCCAUAGUCCGCGUUGGUUCACAGCUGUCUGAGAAAGUUACACGAAGUCAAAGGCGACGGCAAGCCGAAAAAGCGUUGAAAUUUGGUCCACAGAUAAUUUCGUUCAGGCACAGCUACCUGGCUGAUAAGUUGGGCGCGCCCGAGACUACGGAACA